UAUUUGAAUUUUCAGUGUGCAUUCGCAUGAAUGUGCGUUUGUUGUAACCGGGAAUUUAUUUUCACUUUUAUUCCACCGCCGCCUGCCUUGCCUGACCUGCCGAACAACUGUAAACAGUGAGCAAACAGGCAAACAAACGGUACAACUUACAAUGCAACCAGUGUGAGAGAGAGCGGUCAGAGGGGUGUCCAACAGCGACAGGCACAGUGACAUAGAGAGAGAUAGAGGGCGCGAGAAGAGAGCAUGCAGCUAAGCUAUCGCUUUGGCCGUUAAAUGCAGGCAGUUGCACCCGCACACGAGUACGAGCACGAACACGAAACACGAAGCACGAAACACGAAACAUGCUGUGACAUGGCCAAAACAGAGACAGAAAGAUGGAGAUGAACUCGCACGUGUUCGUGCGCUGCUCGUCGGUUUGGCUGGGUGGUGCUCGUCGGGUGCGGUGCCGUCAUCGGGUGCCGUGGUAAAGGAUAAGUUGCUCAGAUGCUCGCUAGAUUCUGUCAUAACGGUUUUGGCAUUCGUGGCGCACGCUACGAACCAGAAGCAGCGCCAAGCAGUGCACAGAGAUAAAACCGUUAUUAGUGGUUAUUUUGUUCAAAUAUUUUGUGUUUGGAAAACGUUUUUCAAAGUGAAUAAAAACAAGUAAUUUGUUGAUGUCUCUUUUUUUUUUGUGCUUGCGAGUGUUACAAAAAUAAUUCAACUUCUAAACGAAAUAUCAGCUUACAAAAAAUAGUCCCAAUCCCAUAAACCAUAAAAACUUGAACUGACCAAAUAUAUUUGAGAACGAACGAACAGCAAAAGAAGACCAGAGCCAAGAGUCGGACAGCUAAACGCCAGAGGCCAUAGUUGGAGGCAGACAUGUUGUUAGUGGCGAUAUGACAGACCAGCCAAGUACCGAUGACACCGGCGGCGGUGUUGGCACUCACUUCUUCGCCCGCUUGAUGCGCCUCACCGGCGCGUCAUUAUCAUCCGCAGCUGCGGCUGCUGCUGCAUCAUCCAACUCUUUGCCAGAGCCCACCACAUCCACAUCCACAUCCACAGCCUCUCCUGCAAUCAUGACAACCGAAUCGCCCACCACAACUACAGCGGCAGCUGCAGCGGAGCUGGCACCUUCCUAUCUCAUCGAUCGGGUCACACAGGUGGCCCGCAUUGCCCUGGAGGUGACCACAUCAGCGUCGGAGGUGCUGGCCGAGGGGCUGCCAGAGGUGGACACCAGCUUUGCCAAUGCCACGACAAUGCACGGGAAUCUAACGUUGGCCGCUGCGGCAGCCACCAACUAUGAAAACUGUUCGGCGAUUUUUGCCAACUACACGCAACCAGAAACAGGCAUCUACUGCAACUUUACUUGGGACACGCUGACCUGUUGGCCCCCAACACCUGCGGGAGUCAUGGCACGAAUGCAUUGCCCGGCGGGCUUUCAUGGUGUCGAUCCGCGAAAAUUUGCUAUACGCAAAUGUGAGCUGGAUGGCAGCUGGGGCACACGGCCAGAUACUACAAAUAUGACAGCGGAAGCGAUUGCCGCUGGUUGGACCGACUAUGGGCCCUGCUACAGGCCUGAGGUGAUUCGCCUGAUGCAGCAGAUGGGUAGCAAGGAUAUUGAUCUCUAUAUUGAAAUUGCCAGGCAUACACGAACACUGGAGAUCGUGGGCCUGUGCUUGUCACUGAUUGCUCUGCUCGUCUCUCUGGUGAUCUUCUGUAGCUUUCGUUCGCUGCGCAAUAACCGUACGAGGAUACACAAGAAUCUAUUCGUGGCAAUGGUUCUACAGGUGCUCAUCCGACUGACGAUCUAUCUGGAUCAAUUUCAGCGCGGCAGCAAAUCCAGUGGCAGCUCCUCAAACUCUAGCAGUACCAGCAGUCUAUCGGCGAUCGAGAAUACGCCAUAUCUGUGCGAGGCCUCCUAUGUCCUGCUGGAAUACGCCCGAACGGCAAUGUUCAUGUGGAUGUUCAUCGAGGGACUGUACCUGCACAAUAUGGUGACGGUGGCUGUGUUUCAGGGCCAGUUUCCGCUCAAGUUCUUCUCGCGUCUGGGCUGGUGUGUGCCCAUCCUGAUGACCACCGUCUGGGCACGCUGCACCGUAAUGUACAUGGACACCUCGAUGGGUGAGUGUCUCUGGAACUAUAAUCUGACGCCCUACUACUGGAUACUCGAGGGACCCAGACUAGCUGUCAUUUUGCUGAACUUUUGUUUCCUGGUGAACAUCAUUCGGGUGCUGGUGAUGAAACUGCGCCAAUCGCAGGCCAGCGACAUCGAACAGACUCGCAAGGCCGUGAGGGCUGCCAUCGUGUUGCUGCCCCUGCUGGGCAUCACCAAUCUGCUGCACCAGUGGCCAGUCCUCAAGUCGGCCACCAACUUUGCCGUUUGGUCGUAUGGCACGCAUUUUCUCACCUCGUUUCAAGGCUUCUUUAUUGCUCUCAUCUACUGUUUCCUCAAUGGCGAGGUGCGCGCAUGCUUGCUCAAGAGCUUAUCGAAUCAGCUAUCGUUGCGCGGCCAUCCCGAAUGGGCGCCCAAGCGGGCCUCCCUGUACUCGGGCGCCUACAACACCGCCCCCGAUACGGAUGCCGUCGGCCAGCAGGCGGUGGCCGACAACCAGACGGCCACUGGUACACGAACGUCGCCGGUCAACAGGCGGCAGAACACUAACGCCAGCAUUGUCAUGAUCCACGAACCCAACCAGCGACAGCGUCUCGUGCAGCGGAACCACAACAACAACAACAACAACAACAACAACGGUCAAGAGAGUCCACGUCGCCAUCGGGGGGAACGAACUGAUGAGGAAGAUCGUAUAGGAAUUGCAGCUGGAGCCGGAGUAGAGAGUGAAGUCGUGGUGGUGCGUGGCUCUGCCGGUGCGGCUGCUGUGGGCAGGAAGCGAGAGACACGCAUACACGCUGGCACCAAGUGGAUGAUGGCCGGCCUCUGCUUCAGGGGUCAAAAGGUACUUAGAGUACCGUCAACGUCAUCCGUACCACCCGAGUCAGUUGUAUUUGAGUUGUCAGAGCAGUAGGCCAACUAAACUAAAAGUAGACCGUUGCCGUAGAUCAUAGCCACUUAGCCUAUUAGUCACCUAGACACUCUUAGAGCCACUCUCAUUCACUCCUCACAAAUGUAGCGGCAAAUCCCUUUUCCAAAACCCUCAAUGCCAAAGUUCCAUCUCCCCCCUAUUCCAAAUAAAAAUCCAAAACUCAUCUUCAAUCCUUGCCCUUCCAUUUGCUAACUUUUGAAAUAAUUUAGAGAAUAGUGUACCCUGCAGAUGUAAAUUCAUACAAAUUAUUGGACAUUCAUAGGAUUGACCCACGGUUGCCAUAGAUGUACCACCCAAAGAUUUAAGAAUCGGAUCCAUCAAGUAAGAACUUGAAUUUAGAGCCCUUCGGUCGGUCUGUCUGCGAUUCUGCCUGGGCAGUCAUGGCACUUCAGCCUCCCCAAUUGUCCUCGAAGUCAUGAUUUCUGAAUAUUUAAUGGGGUAAAUAGAUGUGGCAACCGCGGACUGAACCUUCCUUCACCAGCACCGAACCUCAUCGCCAAAAGUAAUGUAUACUUAUAUCUACAAAUAUCUGAUGAAACUGAAUCUCUAUUAGAUUUACACUCUGCUUUUUUUGGGCACAGUCGCACCACACACACGGUUAACGCUUGGUGAACUCUACAGCAAAAACUUGAGCGGCAUGUUUCUCUAAUAUCUAACAUAUAUUUUAAUAUAUAAAAUAUUUUAUAAUAACUUAUUGCAUUCGAGUACUGCUACAAAACACAACUGUACCGUGACAAUGCAGUGUGACCAAAGGUCAGAGGGGGAACAAAUUACUAAAGCCAAGUUCAAAUGUUGAAAGCAAUUUCCCCAAUUUCCAAUUGCUUUAAUAGGUUUUAUUUUUUAUAAAAAUUUAAAUGUAUUUUAUUAUAUUUUAGUUGCUUUUAUGUUGAUGUACAUUUGAUGUACGCGCUUAUUGAAUCAUAAA